AACAGAGACUUCAGCAGCCCUCUAUGACGAUACAGACUUUAUAAAAUUAGUCCAGGAAAGUUGAUACUUAACAAAAUAAAACCAGUAUCUAUAACAAUAAAAAGUAUAAAAACAAACCCUAGAGGGGGCAUGGAUCUUAUUUCCAGAGCUACUGCAUUAUGCUUUUUUACAGGUUCAGGUUUCAGAGAGCAGCAGCAGCCACUUGGACCCCGGUACAUCCCAGCCGGGUGCCACAUCCAUUCCAGAAUGGAAUAUCUGGAGCUCUUGGUUGCUAUGACAAGUAACCACACUUGAAAGGAUUCUCGUGGUUGAUAACUACCCAAAGAGUUUCAUCUUUGGUUAAGAAGUCACAUAAGAGAUUUUCUAGUCAAUACUUUGUACUGUCAAUAAUUAUGCGGAGAUCACAGACAACAGUGAGUGGCCUCCAGAUUCUGCAGUCCAAAAUGAAGUGGCACCACCUGGAGAAUGCAAUUAAUGAACUAUGGAAUGCCUUUGCGGGCCUGCUGUGUCAUCAGUCCAUGGUCCUGGCCAUCAACUCCAGCUUUGUGGAUCCCGUGCUGCAGUAUGAAAGUCAGCUGAACGUAACUGAAGCAUCCUUUAGAAUGCUAUUAGCCCUACCAAACUUUGGAAAGUUGAGAGCUCUGGGGAUUGGCAAUGAGGACCUCGAGGACCAGGAGAGUUUAUAUCAAAAUAUUUUACACAUAUUUGAGGACACUCUUCUGAUCUUAGUGUCUAAAGACCUCUACAAACUCCAGAUCCUAAGGGAAAUGGUUUUGUGGGUGAAAGAAGAGCGUUUGAACCUGCAAGAGGAAGCACUGACGAUCAUCAGCAGGGUGUUAUGCUUUGCAUCUAAGAAAGUCCUAGGAGAUACGAGCGUGGAUGCCCCAUGUCUGGGAGUUCUGGCCGCAGAGCUGUCUCUCCUGUGUUGUCAUGCUGAAAAUGACAUCAUGAACCAGGCCUCCAUGGGACUGCACCACCUGCUCUGCAUCGCCAAGUGGCAGAAAGACCUUGAAAAAAAUUCACCUAUAAAUUAUAACACACUUGGAAGUUAUUGCCACCUGACUACUGUUCCUCAAGUGGAAAUCCAACCCAACACCUUACAACGAGACAAACUUAAGAUUGCUCAGAGUGUAGGAAAUACUUUACUGCCCUCCUUGCUGACUGACUUUGUGUGGACCCUGCUGAUGAAACUGUCUGAAGCCAGUUUUGAAAUUGCCUCUGAGGCAGCCUCCAUCCUGAAGCUGACUCUGCAGUACCACUCCCAGAAGGUCAUCAUGGUGUCUAAGAUUGUGAAUUUCAUUUAUAAGAAGCUGCGUGACGAUCCCUCCCACAGCAUGAAGCACUCUAUGCUGCGGGUCACCACCUUGCUGACGCGCACUUCACCCAAGAAGGUCAUCUUUCAACUCAUGGACUACCCGGUGCCCGCUGAUGACACUCUGAUACUGAUGUGGCAAGCGGCGGGUUCCGAGGGCAGCGUGGCCCCUCUUGUGCUGAAGACUAUCCUUCUGAUCCUGAAAGGAAAGCCCGGAGAGACGGAGGAGGACAUGGAGGAAAAGAGGCGCUUCUCCCUGGACGCCACCAACAUGAUGCCUGUGGCGGCGUCGCAGGCUCUGUGCACAUUUCUGCCCGUGGGCUCUUACAAGAAGGCCGUGGCCCAGUUCUUCCCGCACCUCCUGUUGGCCCUCAUGCUGCAGCUCUUCUACAGCAGCCAGCUGAGAGUGAUGCCCCAGGACAGGCCGCUCUAUGCCCGGGACGCCCUGAGAGCUCUGCUGAACUCUUCCGGAUUACAAGAGGUGGAUGCUGCUCUGAAGAAAAAGAACUGCUGGAACCAGUUUUCCCAAGCACUGUAUCACCAACUCGGGGUUCACCUCAUUGCCAAAACUCUCAGUGAGUUCAACUUCCCACAGUUUCCAGAGACUCUACAUUAUUUCUACAAGAUCUCCGUGGAAGGUCCUAGAAGGUCCGAAGACAAUAUCGUCACCAUAAUAUUCUUCACUGAACUUCUGAAUAACUUCUUCAAGGACCCAUUCCCAGAAGAAUUUAUGGUCCUCUACAAAAACUGGAUCAACGACUCCAACCCUGUAGUCAGCAAGUUGAGUCUCCAGAAAAUCGCCAACAUGGCCCCCGUCAUCAAUGAAAUAGAAAAUGUCUGCAGCCUACUGACAUCCAUCCUGGAAGCCUUCCAUUCCAAGGAACACACCGUUGUCAUCCGGGCCUUGCUCACCCUCCGGAAACUUCUAUGCAAACUGGACAGGGUGAUUUACUCCUCACUGUGCGCCAAAAUUGCUUCCAGCUACUGUCCUCUGAUGGAUCACAACAAUGGGGGCAUCCGGAGCAUGGCCAUUCGACACUUUGGCGAGUUGCUGAAGGAUAUGAGUCAGUUCACCUGGAUGCUCAACCCUUUGGCCCUUGGAGCCUUGGUGCCCCUGAUCCUGUUUUUGGAGGACAAGGAGAUAAGAGUCUCAAAAGCAUGUAAAUAUGCGUUAAGAAUCUGUGCCUCACAGCUGAGGUGGCCCACACCAGUUUUUCUCAAAGAUGAAAAUUACAACUUUGAGCUGGUGGUGCUCAACAUCUGUAACCACCUUGCUGCUUCUCAUGAGAGCCACAUCACAGAUUUAAUAUCUGAUACCUUAGGGUUCCUGGGGAGCUCCCGGCUAUACCUGAGGAGAGGAUCGGUUAUUUUAGUAGGGUACUUGGCAAAGCUGGGUGCGUAUUUACUACUCAAAGAUGAAAUCGAAGUCAUGCUGGAGGUUAUUGAAAAAACAGUCCGGGAUGAAGACCCGGUGGUUCGGGAGUUGGCAAAAAAAACCCGUGAUAUUUUUAGGGAAAUAGCCCACACGAUGACCUCCUCAACUAUCAAACAAACCUUCCGGAGAUGGUUUAAGUUCAUCUACACCAGGAAACUGAAGCCUCUUUACAACUGGCCCAAGGACUACACCCACACCCCUGCAGAUCCUACGAAAGGCAGUAAGGAGGGCUUCGUGGAAGAGGGGGAGGAAGAGGAGGAGGAGAUUUUGAUCAAGAGCUACAGGUUCGAGGCCAUCUUGGAGCAGGACGCGGAGAGCGAGUCAGAUUUCCCCUCCCUCUGAAUCCCCUGAGCCCUCGUAGGUGCUGAUCUGGAGGCAGCCGGAAGCUUUCACUGCCCCUUCUUAAUCCCGAUUAAAGAGGUCAGGAAAGGC